CGGCCGUGCCAGGCGUGUCAAACGGAGGCUGAGGUUGGCAGAAGUUCGCUGCUGGCUUUGAAGUCGUCGCUCUAAGUUGGCUGAAAGCUGGAGAGGAAAAAGAGAAUUGCAUCGAAUCAGUAAGGACGCUUCUUCCCUAUUCUCUCGACACUCCCGCGGCUCGCUAAACGUCCGGCUUCCUGCCGCCGAUCCCGACCCGCCACUAGCGCGCCGCGGACCGGGCUGCUAACAGCUAGCCUGCACGCUAACGCUAACAGAAGUGAUCAGUCAACUGGGCGGUCCGAGCGAGCUAACGGCUAAGCGCUAGCCGCUCCGGGCCGGAGGAAAGCCUUUAAACAGCGAGUUAGAACCACCGAACGGCUCCCGGUACCCUCACCGAGGCCGCACCGAGCGUGUGGGGCUGUGAGCGGGCUCACAGGCGGCAGUACCGGGCUCCACGGCCGCUGUGACAGGCGAGCUUAUUAGCAUGCUAACCCACACACAGCCACCCAGCGAGGCUCACCUGAGACCUUAACCUCACCAGACACAACACUGAGCUCACCUGGUGUCCAGCGGCACACCUGGGCAGGUACACACACAGCAGCUCGAAAAGUGAAAAACACACCAAAAUAUGCACUAGGUCCGUUUAAUCAGCACACUGUAAACACUGUGCACCUGUGCAGGUGAGUACUCUGACCAGCUGACACCAGAGAGCUGCACCUCAUCGGUCCCGGGGUAAACAGCUGGAUUACAUUAAGCUGGCACACAGAGCAGAGGCAUAAUACCUACACAGGCAACAGCAGCGCUCACCUGUACCUGUUCCAUCCGAGAGUCAACCCUAAUCUGGUUCCAAUUAUCCCACAGGUGCUGAUCGAGUCAAUCAGAUCUGCUGGUUAGUUUUCACUGAUUGAUUGAUCCGUUUGUCUGUAAACAGUCAGAAUAUGGAGACAGGCGUAGUUUACAGUCUAAGGUGGAGGUGCACUGCAGCUGUUGGUGGCGUGGAUCAAAGAUGAGACCAGCAUCCACAAACACCAGAUAUUCUCCUUAAACUUCAAACAUGCCACAUGUCUCUUGCGCUUGAUGGUGAAUUCACCUGGACAUAGAUGGUUGCCUGCCCACACAGCUAAUCAGCCAGUGGAAUUAAAGAUGAGCUCGUGUUUUUGUUUACUUCCUGUGCCUGAACUAAACGGCGCCGUAAAGCCAUGUUUCCGUGCCGUGUUUGCUGCAGCUCCUCCUCAGCUGCUUUUCUGCCAUGUUUGCCGAGCUGAAGGGACCCCGCCGCCCGUCGGACAGGAAGCGUGGACGUUAGAGGUUAAUCGUGUUUUAAUGUCAGCUGUGAUUUUGUGGAAAUGAUCACUGUGUUUGUUCCUCAGCAGAAGCGCAUAUGCACUCGCUGUUUAGUUCAGCUCGAGCCAGCUGGGCUCUUCCCACCCCUGAUUGGACGUUUGGAGGGCAUGUGAUCACAGGUCAUUGAGCGGAACAGAAGCUCACAGAAAUGAAGGUUCAAACUUUUCAGUGAGCACCUGUGCUUUGAAAGUUGGCUUUGAGUCUCUGCAGCUUGCAUGCGGCAACGCUAACCGAGGCUGAUUUGUCUCCGUGAGGGGGCAGGACCCUGAGGAUCAGUAACCUGGGUUCCGGUUGCUGAUUGGUUGGUUGCGAUGAGGCUGGUCUGGGCCUCUGCGUGUCCCCGUUUGUCCUUCCAGGUUUAAUAAAGUUCAGGUGACCACGGUAAAUAAUCCAAAUUAGGUCAGUGAGUAAAAUAAUCCCGGUUAUGGUUUGCGCCAUCGUUGAGCCGCAGCGGCGUCAGACUGAAACCAGGUCUGGUUAGUGGGGUUUCCUGCAAUGAGACAGGGUGGUGCUGGCCUCCACCCGACAGCGGCAGAGCUGAGUGCACCUCCUCAGAUUAAAAACAUUUUUAAUGAUCGUCGAGUAAAAACAACAAAAUGUCCCACGGGAGCGUCUCAGAUGGCAGCAACUGUCUCAGGGUCCUUUACCAACCCAGGAUGCUGUGACACUGAUCAACAGGCAGACAGGGUCAAAGGUCGCUCAGCUUCAUGUUGCACGAGUGGCUGGAUGAGCUGCUGUGAGGUGGCGGCGGCUUCGUUCUGGUCCAGGCGGGUGCAUCAGUUUUUGUUUCUGUUCACGCUCAGAGAGACACAACGUAGUCGCACCUCUGGCAGCUCACAGGAAGUGGUUUAUAGGGGACCGUGUGGCGCCUGGCAGAGGUUCAGCGCGGCCGGUGUCACUGAGGAAGCUUUUCUUGUCAGUAACAGUCGCCCCUCGGCCCACCUUUUGGGCGCUUUAACCUCACCUGCUGCUUCAAACACCACUUCCACCUGCCUUUCUGACUUUAGGGUGAGCUGAGCGGCGCUACGUGGGCCGCUUACACCCGUGUGUGAUGAUGGCGCCAUAGCUGUUAAUGGGCCGAGAAACAGACGGGAGAGUGUGGCGGCGGCCGUGUGAAUCACAAGCUCGAGGUUUAAACUGAGCGUGUCUGCGUGUGGAGGGUUUGCAGUCAUGUGACCAUCAGCGCUGCAGGGUUAGCUUACCGAGGCCCAGACACCGGUCGCUAUGGAAAACUCUGUGUUCCUGAUUGGUUCUUGAGAACUUCCUUACGACAGGUUGUGGGAGGGUCUGUAGCUCGCUGUGCACCGUGCUGGUAUUGGUUAGCUCCUCCCAUCGUUGUUCACGUCCUCCUCGUUCUGUAGGAGGCUCUGCGAACAGUCUGACCUUUGACCUCUGAGGUGUGUUAAUGCAGCACACCUGAGCGUCACUCACUGUUGCUAUGCAGUCACCUGAUCCUCAAGUUUGGUCGCGCAGCGUCUAGGAGCUGCUGAAUCGUCCUCGUGGCGUCUGUUCUUCACCUGAGCUCAGAGGACGCACAGCGCGCCCUCUCUGUGUGACCUCACACACCGAGCUGCUGCUCUUCCUGGGGGAGUCCCUGCAGGUGUCCAACAUCUGGCUGUGGGUGUCUGUGCGUUGUCGUGCCUGGAAGCUUUGAGUCCUUUACAUCAGCUUUGUAAACUUUGAGGUGUGACUUGUUCUCGUGUGAAAUAGCAGGUCAGCUGUGGAGCGUUCACGUGAGGAAACUCGUUUUAUGCAUCGGCUACCACACACAGGUGACACACCUGAUGGCUGUGCGGCUGUCCUGAGUUUAUAGUGUCUGUGUUCUGCAGUUCACCGCCCAAACACCAGGGGGCGGUACGGUUUCUCUUCUCUUGUUUAUUUGUUCUCUUCCAGCUUCCUGUCGCAAAAGUAACAGUAGAAGAGGAAGAAGGUGGCGGGCUGCAGUCAGGUUUCAGAGGAAUGCCAUCUGAGGCUCAGCCUCAGGAGCCUCGGGACAGAGGGCCACCCCCUCCCGUCACUCGGGCCGGCCGCAGCGCUCAGCUGGCCAAAGCCACUGCUUCUAGCCCCGCCCCUGAGAGGCGGCCCCGUGGGCGACCGAGGAAAGAUGGGAGCAGCGGGCGCUCUGGACCUGCUGCCCCGCCUCCUCCUCCUCCCCCUCCGCCCCCCAAAUCAAGAAAGAAGGGGCGGAGCCGAGGACGAGCUCAGGUAGAGGAUGAAGAGAGCAUGGAUGCCACAGAGACGAAGCCCCUCCAGAAGACAGAGGUGAAGGCUCAGACCACACGGCGGCAGCGCUCCACCUCCAGGAGAAAAUCCAAAACAAGCUCUGAACCUGCCCAGGACGAGCCCAGUCCAGAUCCUGAUCCUGACCCGGAUCCAGGACCGGUGCCCCCCGACCCUGAGCUGGCUCCCAGUGCUGAGGAGGAGGAGGGGGAGGUGGAGGACAGACUCCACUCAGAGGCUCCGCCCCUAGCCUCUAGCCCUCUUCUCCCCCCCUCCAGCCCUCCAUCCCAAUCCCAUCAUCUUGAUCCUGUUCCUGAUCCUGAUCCUGAUCCUGUGGAGGAAGACCGGCCCAGUCCGAGUCACAGCCCCACCCCUACGGAUGUGGACUGCAGCCUGGUUCCCAUAGAAGUAGAGGAGGACGGGGCUGGCCCCGUGGAGCAGAGUCCAGCCGUCAGUCCCCGCUCCAGUCCUCCAGUGUCCCCCUGUCUGCGGUUGGAGGACGAGGACUCGCUGUCCCCGCUGUUCCAGCGGUCUCUGUCGGAGGACUCCGGGGGCUCGCCCACCCCCAGCCUUGGACACACCAAAAAAAGGCUGAAGCAGUGUGCCUUCUGUUACCACGGCGACGAGCCUCCUCUGGGCCAGGGCCGGCUGGUGGUGUUCGGCCCGACGCCCGGCUACAUCCCGCUCCACAUCCUCAAUCGCCGCGCCUCCUCCGACCGAGACAACGACUGCCACGACCACUGCUACCGCGGCAGCCAAGCCCCGGCCACGUGCUGCAGUCCAGAACAGUGUGAGUCUUCCUCAGAGUUCCUUAAGCAGCUUGGACCCAUCGGCCUUCCUCAUGACAUCAACGUCCAAUCACUGUUUGACCCCACAGGUCAGUGCUGUGCUCACCUGCAGUGUGCCACUUGGUCAGAGGGGGUGUGUCGAGGCGAGGGACAAUCACUGCUCUACGUGGACAAAGCCAUCGACACAGGAAGCACACAGGUGUGCGCGUUCUGCCGGCAGCUCGGAGCUUCGCUGCGUUGUCAGGAGAUGGACUGUGGGCGGUGCUACCACUUCCCCUGCGCUGCUGCUGCCGGAGCCCACCUGGACUGGAACCAGAGGCGCACACUGUGUACAAGGCACGCACACGCAGGGUCCUCGCCACCCUGUGCUCUGUGCUCUGGCGGCGGUGAGCUUGGCAGCCUGUUAAUGUGCUGUUGUUGUGGUAACCGUUACCAUGGCAGCUGCGUGGACCCCUCUGUGGCCCCCUCCCCUUUCUGCCGGGCCGGCUGGCAGUGUCCUCAGUGUCGCGUGUGUCAGAGCUGCAGGCUGCAAGGCGAUGAAGCUGCGUUAUUGGUGUGUCAGCGCUGCGAUAAAGCCUACCACACACACUGUCUCACACCACCUCUGGAUCACACGCCGAGCACCGGCUGGAGCUGCAAGAACUGCAGAGUCUGCUGCCGCUGUGGUGUCAGGUCAUCAGGCCAGUGGGCCAAUCACCUGUUUCUGUGCGAGUCGUGUGACCCAGCAUUGCCCUGCCUUCUCUGUGGCCACACCCCCGACCUCUACACACCACAGGAGUGCGUGACCUGUGUCUGCUGCUAUAGGUUUGUCCAUGCAGACUGCAUCAUCCAGGCCGGGGAGGGCAAGGUGGGGUCCAAAGUGUACAUCUGCUCCACGUGCAGACCUCAACAGGAGGAGCCAAACCCACACAGUCCCACAUUGGCAUCAGCUGCCGCCCUUAGCCCCUCACAGACUCCACCCAGUAGCAUUCCACAGCCAUCGGUCUCAACAUGCACAGAGGCUCCACCGGCCAGUCCUGUUGGUCAACUCGUCCCUGAGGAGCCGCCACAGAGAACAACAAAGUCCCUCAGUGCACCAUCACCACCAAGUCUUACGUCAUCUCACACCGACUCCCAGGAGCUCCUGAAUAAUCCACUGUCAGUUCUUCCUCAGUCUACAGGGCUCCAACAGAGUUCUACAACAUCUCACCCUGAAGCCAGUGAACCCCAACAGAGUCCUCUAUCGUCUCAUUCUGAGGGUAUGGAGACACAACAGAGUUCUCUGCCAGUUCUCCCUGAGUCCACAGAGCUCCAAGGAAGUUCUGUAUCAUCUCAGCCUGAAGCCACGCUUCAACAGAGUCCUCCACCAACUCUCCCAAAGUCCACAGAACUCCAAGAAAGUCUUUUAUGUCACCCGGUUUCUGCCAAACUCCUAGAAACUCCCAAAGUUCUCCCACAAAGUGGAUGGAGCAUGGAGUUGGAACAAAGCCCUUCACAAUGUCAAACUGAUCCCACAGAGCUCCAACAAAGUCCUCCACCAUCUCACCCGUAUCCUGUGGCAGUCCAGCAAAGUUCCUCGCCUACUCCUGUAGAACACCAACAAUUUUCUGCACCGUCUCCCAAAGAACUCCCAGACAGUCCUACACCAUCUCACCCUCUUUCCACAGAGCUGCAGCAAAGCCCUCCACCAUCUCCCAAAGAGCUCCCAUCUCAACUUGUUUCCAUGGAGCUUCAACCAAAUUCCUUACAAAUGCUCAAAGAGCUCCAAGAUCCUGCACCAUCCUGGCCUGAUUCCACAGAGCUCCAGCAAAAUCCUCCACCAUCUCCCACAGAGCUCCAUCAAAAUCCUCCACCAUCUCCCACAGAGCUCCAACAAAAUCCUCCACCAUCUCCCACAGAGCUCCACAAAAUCCUCCACCAUCUCCCACAGAGCUCCAACAAAAUCCUCCACCAUCUCCCACAGAGCUCCACUCCAACAAAAUCCUCCACCAUCUCCCACAGAGCUCCAACAAAAUCCUCCACCAUCUCCCACAGAGCUCCAACAAAAUCCUCCACCAUCUCCCACAGAGCUCCAACAAAAUCCUCCACCAUCUCCCACAGAGCUCCACAAAAUCCUCCACCAUCUCCCACAGAGCUCCAACAAAAUCCUCCACCAUCUCCCACAGAGCUCCAGCAAAAUCCUCCACCAUCUCCCACAGAGCUCCAGCAAAAUCCUCCACCAUCUCCCACAGAGCUCCAGCAAAAUCCUCCACCAUCUCCCACAGAGCUCCAGCAAAAUCCUCCACCAUCUCCCACAGAGCUCCAGCAAAAUCCUCCACCAUCUCCCACAGAGCUCCCACCUCAGCCUAUUUCCACGGAGCUUCAACCAAAAUCCUUAGAAACGCUUGAACUCCGAAGUCCUACACCAUCUGAAAAUGCAGAGCUUCAACAAGGUCAUCCAUCAUCUCCCAUAGAUCAAAGUUCCUCAUCACCUUCAGCAGAGCUCCAGGACAUUCUUGUGCUGUCUCACACUGAUUCCACAGAGCUCCCACAGAAUGCACCAUUUCCUAAAGAACUCCUGUCAAGUCCUGCACAAUCUCACACUGAACCCCCACAAAGUCCUCAACCAUCUGUCACGGAGCUCCCACAGAGUGCUGUAAUUUCCCAUCCUGAUCCCAUGGAGCCCCAACAAAACGUUGUACCUUUGACUGCACCUUCUGUCAUAGAACUCGAGCCAUCUCCCUCUUGUCACACAGCAUCCCAUCGUAAUCAAGAAGAGCUCCAUCCUGAUGUGGCAGAGUUUAGAAUAAGCUCCUCACCGUCUUGCCCUGAUCUUGCAGAGGCCCAUGAAAGUUACUCAGCAUCCCACUUGGAUUCCACAGAUGACCAGAAAAGCUGGACCCCGUUACACCUUCAGCAGAGUCCUGCACAGUCUCACUCUAAUCUGGCAGAACUUGAGGAAUGUACUGAGCAGAAUUCCACAGAGGAUCAGUUCAUGGACACAGAAUCUCAGCAGAGUCCAGUACAGGGUGGUCCCACGGCUUGUACCCUUGCACAUUUUCUACACAGCCCUUCACCUCACAGUCCUAUCAAAUCAGGGCUGACUCCUCCCAGGGUGGAGCUGGGGACAGAGGAGGCUCGGCGCAGCCUUCCACCAGACAGUCCUGCACAGGACAAUGCUAUGCAGCUCAGUGGAUCACAUAGUCCCAGCCUCACAGCCUCACAGCCUCAGCACAGUGCUCUACAAACGGACUGUAGUCCUCUGCAAGCUGGCAUGAGGAACCCCUCACAGGACACUGAAUCUACACUGGACCAGGAGAGCCCUGGAUUGAGCAGCCCUACUCUGCAGUAUGGGGCUGCACAGGACACGUCUACACUGGACCAGGACCUCUCAUCGGCAGCAAGAUACGCCUCAGCUCCAUGUAGCCCAUCGUCACCACCACUCAGACCUAAACGGUGCAGUCUGUCCCAACCUGCCAGCCCUGCUCAGGCUCUCCGGUCUUCACAGCUUAGCUUACAUACUUUAGAACUUGCUGCACAUUCAACACUCACACAGGAGUCCACCCAUGCCACACAACCUGACUCCUUGAAACAAUGCCCUUCUAGCCCUGAUGGCCAAACACUGGAAAAUAACCCUCCUCCCCUUGACCCCACCUCUAGCCUGGCCACAGUGCCCCCUGAAAGUAGCACGCUCAGUCCCGAUCAUUCCAGUCCCCCUCAUGUCCUAGAUUUCCAGACACCAGAAAGCCUUUUUCACAUUAGCACUUCAGCCAAACACAGUAGCCUAGCUUGCUCACCUUGUGCCGGUGAAAUGGAGGAAGCUCCUCCCCCAGCUAGCCUAAUUCAUCAGAAUCUUCACAACACCCCAUCGCUCUGCAUGGAAGUUGUUGAAGGAGCUAGCCCCACACAUAACCAGGCCAGCUCAGCUUGUGCCAGCCCCACUCGUGCUUACCAGAUGCCUACAAGCCCAACCAUGUGUCUUGAAGGCCACCCUAGCCCUGUGCCAGGGGAGAGUAGCCCAUCAGCAGCGCUGGCUGAACCCAUCCACCUUGCCUCCUGUCAGGAUGAGGAGAUGGAGGUAGCUACCAUCCAGCCAAGUGAUGGUGUUCAGUCAGAACCUAGUCCCAGUCAACCAGACAGUCCUCAGCCUGACCCUGCUUACUCAGAAGCCACCGGUGGCAUUGUUUUGUCAGGUCAUGAGCAUGCUCAGGAGACAGAAAGUCCACCUGGUCAGUCAAGUCGGCCACAUAUCCAGAUUUCCUUCAGUACUUCACACCUGGCUGCAGUACAGCCGUCAAGCCCUCCACCAGCUUCUGGUAGUUCAAGUCCUCCACACUGUACAGUGAGUGAUACCGGCCCAGAGAGGAGUCCUGUUCGUGCUGAAACAUAUCCCUGUUCUCCUAGUGUAGCUGAUGUCCCCACCAGUCAUAGCCCAGUUAGUCCUGCUGGUCAGGCUAGUCCUGCUCAUGUAGUAGUAGCUCACUCAGGCCCAGUGCAGACACAAACUUCCUCAUUAGCUAGCACAACUCAUAGCAGCCCUGCACAUGCUGCUUUUGCCGGUGUUAGCCCACCUCACAGUCCGGCUCCUGACACUGAAAGUAGUACUGGCCUUACUGAGGCAUCACUGAGCCCCACUAGUCCUGAUGUGGACACAGUUGCUCUUUCCAGUGGGGCUCAGCCUGAUAUGGGUGCUGAUAAACCUGCAGACUGUAUCAGACAAACAAGUCCUGCUGCCUCUGUACCCGACGACUCUGCUGGUGUUAGCCCCAGCCAGAUUAGUCAGAACCAAGUCAGCCAGUCCCCAGCUGGUACUGCAGUGGUCCCCAAAGAAAACCACCAGUGCACUGCCUCACCAAGCCCCCUCAUCCCCACUGAUGCUACUUACACUCAGGCCAGUCUGAGUCCUGCUAGCCCUGUCCAUGCUAGUCCCACUCAGGAUAACACUGCGAUGCCUAGCUCAACCUCUCCCAAUGAGGCACCUCUUAGUCCCACAUGCCCCGCCCCCUCACAGAUUAGCCCUUCUCAAACAGUCUCUUUUGACACUCUGCAGGUUCAGCGUAGUCCCUUACACAGCCCAGGUCAAAGUUCUACAGGUGUUCAUAUGGAUCCAGGUUUUAAACAGAUCACCACAAGUCCAGGCUCUGUGAGUCCUGUGCAGGCAGAGCCUGGUGUCAGACCUGCUUCUGCCAGCCCGUUCCACUGUGAAGCCAGUCCUGCUUGUGAUUCAGUUAAUCCUGCUCCCUCAAUAACCAGCCCAAGUCCUGGUCCUGCUAGUCCCGUGAAGCCAGAGCAAGGUCCUGGACCUGAAGGGAUGUCUGAUGGCACCAUGGACACACUGAGCACAGAGGAGCAGCAGGAGGAGCAGCCUGAACAUACAUCACAGGAGAGCCUAGCAGAGGAGCAGCCUGUGGAGAGGAGCAAGGGAGGAGAGGAAAAAAACCAGAAGGUUCUGCCCAGUAGCUCCAGCGGUCUUAAAGGAGUCCAGGAGACUCAGUGCCCCGCCUCCCCCGUACCCACGCAGCAACCUGUGUCCUUCCCUUUGCCCUCAUCACCUCCAUCUGUGGGAGCUGGCUCCCUGGAGGCCUCCCCCCACCGUCACUCCCAGCCCACCAUUGUAGAGGGCCUCCCACAGGAGGAAAAGCUUCCCAGUGACUUUGGACAUACGGUGGGGCUGAAGGACCAAUCGCCUCUUUGUCACAUGACAUCAGAGUGUGAUGGGGGUCAGUCACAGAUCCUAUAUGAACCUGCUGCUUUGGUAACAGAACCCACCGAAGAUGAGCACCAAUCACAAGCUGAGCCUUCACAGGAGGAGGAUCUUUCUGAAACAGUUCAGCCGUCAGAUGGUCAGCCAAUCACUGAGGAGCACUCAGACAUGGAGGAGGAGCCAGUGAGCCCCGUGCUGGACUUGGACCCCUCUUUAGACAGAGAGGUGAUGGAGCUGAUGACAUCAUCGCCUCCCCCGUCCCUUCUGCACCUGUCCUCGCCAUCCUCAUCGCCGCUGCUGCGCAGAGGGAAGGGUCGCACCCUGAGGCCUCCUCCCUGCUCCCCCCGGCUGUCUGAUGACCUCUCCAUCCGCCUCAGACAGUCUCCCUUCUCCACUGAGGCCUCCCCAGAGACCUCCCCUGCAAGAGUGCCCAUCACGCCGCCGCCGCUCACCCCACCUUUGCCUUCUCUCAGGACUUCCCCCCUAGCUAGAGAGUCUCCACCUCUCUCUAAGGCUCCUCCCACCACCGUGCUCUCCCUCACCCCAAAAAUCGGCAUGGGGAAGCCUGCCAUCUCUAAGAGGAAGUUCUCUCCUGGCAGAGCCCGGGUGAAACAGGGCACGUGUUGGAGUAGUCGCAGGGCGGUCAGCCCCCUCUCGUCCUCCCAGGAUUCCACGGGAGAGGGAGGGUGGGACCCUAAGCCCCGCCUGCAGGACUCCCCGCUCUGGAGCAUGAGAGUGGGUCGUGGUUCCGGGUUCCCAGGCAGGAGGAGGUCCAGAGGAGGCGGCAUCGGAGGAAGAGGGGGGAGAGGAAGAAGCCGACUGAAGACUCAGGACAGCGUGACUGUGUCACCGGGAGCUGCGUAUGUGGAGGCGUUCACAGCAAAGGAGGACGAGGAGAACUCGAUGCACAACACCGUGGUGAUGUUCUCCACGUCGGACCACUUCACCCUCAGACAGGACAUGUGUGUGGUGUGUGGCAGUUUCGGGCAGGGCGCUGAAGGUCGGCUGUUGGCGUGCUCUCAGUGUGGACAGUGUUACCAUCCUUACUGCGUCAACGUAAAGAUCACUCGGGUGAUUCUGACCAAAGGGUGGCGCUGUUUGGAGUGCACGGUGUGCGAAGCCUGCGGUGAGGCCAGCGACCCUGGGCGACUGUUGCUAUGUGAUGACUGCGAUAUCAGUUACCAUACCUACUGCCUGGACCCGCCCCUCCUCACGGUGCCUAAAGGAGCCUGGAAGUGCAAAUGGUGUGUGUGGUGUGUGCAGUGUGGCUCCGCCUCCCCCGGGCUGCGCUGCGAGUGGCAGAGUAACUACAGCCUGUGCGGGCCGUGCUGCAGCCUAAGCCACUGUCCCGUCUGCCAGCGAGCGUACCUGCAGGACGACCUCAUCCUGCAGUGCCAGCAGUGCGACAGGGAGGACGGAGUCGUUGGCGCCCUUCAUGGCUCAGAUCGUCUCCAGGAUCAGGGAACCCGACUCAAAGACGUACACUCAGGACGGGGUCUGCCUGACCGAGUCGGGCCUGUCUCACCUGCAGUCUCUGGUCGAACCUCUGACGUCGCCGCGCAGGUGGCGCAGGUGUAAACCCAAACUGAAGCUGAGGAUCAUCAACCAGAACAGCGUGUCCGUCCUGCAGACCCCAGUGGACGCCGAGCUGGACCAUGGCAGAGCUCCGCUCGACUGCGAGAUGAAAUCUGACUCCAGCCCCGAACGAGAUCACGUCCAAGACGAUGACAUCACCAAGGAGCCCGAUGUCGCUGACGGCAACAAGAAGAGGAAACGGAAACCCUACAGGCCAGGUAUCGGCGGGUUCAUGGUGCGUCAGCGUGGCGCCAAGGCAGGGGUGGGUCCAAACCGCAUCAAGCUGUGCAGGAAGGAUUCGACGGAGAUGCUGCCGGGCCGGGAUGAAGACGUUGCCAUGGAAAUGGCACCCACGAUCACUGACCAGACAUCAGAGAAGUCGAAGAAGAGGUACAGGAAGAAGAAAACGAAGCUGGAGGAGACCUUUCCCUCUUACCUGCAGGAGGCAUUUUUUGGUCGAGAUCUUCUCGAUCGAAGCCGACAGGUGGACAGGGGGGCAGGGCCAGAAGCAGCAGCCAGUAGCCAACCAAGACCAGCGACAAGUAACCUGAAAGGCCCAACUCCUGGAUUUCAGGCCCCUCCCCUCUCUGGCGCCAACACGAAGGUGGCAGCGCUGCCCGGGUCGGAUGGCGGUCUCGUGGAUCUGUCAGACGUCCUGAACACCGACCCUCACAUCCUCGGCACCGGACACACAGGUCAGUUCCAGGUGGAGCGCUCCCCGUCUCCAUUUGCAGGUCUGGACAUCAGCUCUGUGGCGCAUGAUGCCUCUUUGACUUCUGAGCCAAUGGGAAGCAGUGGGCGUGUCCAGAGGGCAAUGCAGGAAGAGCCUCUGGACGCCAUCUUGAGUCCUGAGCUUGAUAAGAUGGUCACUGAUGGUGCCAUCCUUAGCAAGCUCUACAAGAUCCCAGAGCUGGAGGGAAAGGACGUGGAGGAGGUGUUCACUGCUGUCCUCAGUCCAGACAGCAGCAACAGCCAAUCAGAGCAGAGUCAGCACACACAUGCGGCUGCUGGGAGCAAGAUGCACAACACAGGUGCCGUGCCGUUUCCUCGCCUCCCACUGAUGAACGGCCUCUCACCAGCUGCUCCUCCUAUGAUGCCCGGUGUCCAGGGUCCAGUCAGCUUUAGGGUCCUCCCUACCGAAACCCCCGCCCCCAUCCAGGGCCCCACCUCUGCAUUAGUUCCAGCCAAUCAGCAGGCUCCGGCUGGUGAGGGCGAGCAGGAUGCGCUGUCAACGGCUCAGAGGAGCACGCUGAAGUGGGAGAAGGAGGAGAGUCUGGGAGAGAUGGCCACCGUCGCUCCGGUGCUCUACUGCAACACCAACUUCCCCCAGCUUAAGCAGCAGUACCCAGACUGGCCCACCAGAGUGAAGCAGAUCACCAAGCUGUGGAGAAAGGCCAGCGCUCAGGACAGAGCCCCCUACGUGCAAAAAGCUCGGGACAAUCGAGCGGCUCAACGCAUCAACAAAGUGCAGCUGUCCAAUGACCCGCUCAAACGCCACCCGCCCUCACAGCAGCAGCUGUCCGCGCCGCUGGGACCCUUUGACACUGUUUCCAUGGAGAUAGAGAUGCCGUUCAAGGACCCGCUGAGGCCCAAGGAGUCGGAGCAGGAGCAGGAGUGGAAGUUCAGACAGCAAAUGCGUCAGAAGAGCAAGCAGCUCGCCAAGAUGGAGGCCACCCAGAAGCUGGAGCAGGUGAAGAAUGAGCAGCGGCAGCAGCAGCAGCUCCUGGCCAGCCAGCGCCUCUCAGGCCCCCAGUCGCCUGAAUCUGGCAGCCUCAGCCCCGUGCCCACCGGAGGAAGCGCCUCCCCUCACCCGGGUCUCAGGGAGGGUCAGCCCAGGCAGCACCUCCUGCAGGGAAGUUCUGGACCAGCGGACGACAUCUUCCUCCGGCCUCAAGCACCGCCCCCUUCUGGCUUUUCCUCACUCCCUCAAUCCCCACAUCCCUCCUCUCCCCUCCACCAGCCAGCAUCUUCCCCCCAGAUGUUCUCUCCCCCCUCCUCCCGCCCUUCCUCACCCUGGGACCCCUACAGUAAGGUUAUAGGCACUCCUCGGCCCUCCUCUUCCCAGUCUGGAGGCCCCGCAGCCUCCCAGCAGCAGCAUCACAGCUCCCUUAGCACCUCCCCAGCCCAUGAUGUCGUAGGCUCUCCUGCUCCAUCCCCCGACUCCAAAACACCUGACGUCUUCAGAAGCCUCGGGCCACAACCAGGUAACCCCACCCCCGACCCUUCAGUCAGACAUGCCGGCAUCCGAGUGGCCGAAGCCUACCAGAAGACGAACGUGCGAGUCCCUGCGCCCGAGUCAUGCAGUCGUCAACUGCUCCAGGGUGGUGUGUUUAAGGCCCCCAUGCCCCCUCAGCAAGAGGCAUUUGGUGGUGGAGGAGGAGCAGGGAGGAAGGACCUGUCAAGUUUUGCCCCCCCUCCUUCACAGGAGCCUCCCUUCCCCUCCAGCCCACUGUCAGGUCUGGGCUCCCCCCACCGUAGUCCCUACGCCCAAGCGCCCGGCACGCCCAGACCAGAUUACACUCAGCAGAUGUCCGACCCCUUCACCCAGCAGUCACCUAUGACCUCCCGGCCGUCUCCGGAUCCCUACACCAACCCUCAGACCCCUGGCACGCCGCGUCCCCACUCUGACCCCACAUACCUCACCACACCGCCUGCGCUGAGACCAGACCAGUACAACCAGCAAUCCAUGAGCCGCCGUCCGUCCCCCUCUCACCCAACCCUCGAUCCCUACGCCUCCAACCCGGGCACACCCCAUCCAGCUGUCAUCGACCGCUUCCCCCGAUCACCAGGGAGUCAGCGGGCCGGCGACCCCUACGCACAGCCCACAGGUACACCGCGACCCUCGCCGGAUCCCUACGCCCAGCAGCCCUCUACACCACGACCCCAGAAGGCCCACGAGCCAUUCAGCCAAACCCCAGUUGAGAGCUUAGCUCCUCAGCCUGCAGCUUCCGCUUCAUCCCCUCUGGCUCCAGGAGACCCAGGGACCUUCACCCCAACGCCCCACCAGUUACAGCAGUCACCAGGAAGACAACAACAGGACUCAUUUCCCAGAACCCCCAGCAGCCACACCCCAAAGCACCCUGGGAUAUCAGAAGAGAGCUUCUCUGCUUUAGCCAGUCACACUCCGGGUCACGAUCCGUUUGAGCAGGGUCACAUGACACCAGGCCGAUCGCAAACCGACAAGACGGCAACCACUGAAAUGUCUGCUUUAGACGGGUCGAUGAGCAUGCUGCCUCAGCUUGGUGACUCAGGGGAGAAGCUGAGACAGCGUCAACGGCUUCGGGAGCUCAUCCUGAGACAGCAGCAGCAGAAGAGCACGUUACGUCAGGAGAAGGGUCUGCAGGAACCGGCUCCUGGACUUGCUGCACCCCCGGCUGCUCCAACAGGAUCCUCCCCUGGUUCUGGCACACCUCUUCACAACUGGUCGCAGGACGACUCCUCCAGCUCCACCUCCACCGCUUCCCCUGUCCAGACAGACCCAUUUGGGCGCCCUCCGCCCCCGUAUCCUGGCACGAUACGGCCUGCCGGGGCUCCAGCCCUGAGGUUCCCUGGAGGGUUCCCAGGAGAACAGCAGAGGGGUUUUGCGCCCACCGAGGCUUCUUUCCCCAGACAGAGUCUCCCCAGAGAGCUGGGUGUCCAAGGACCAGGAUCGAGGUUUGGAGCUCCAGCUGGCCUCCAUGACACUUUCCUGCGUGCACCCCUAGGAUCAACGCCUGCCUCUGGGCUCGGUGCUGUGGAGGUUCGUGUUCAGAUGAGGAGGCCAGUGCCCGGGGACUUCACCGCCAUCCGUCCCCACGGGACUCCAAACGCUCACCCGCACAUGAUGCAAGGUGUCCCCCAGCCCUUCCUCCCUCGCUCUCUCCCCAUCCAGCAGCACAGCAUCAUGGGACAGCCCUACAUUGAGCUUCGACAUCGCGCUCCAGAGAACCGCCUGAGGCUGCCCUUCUCUCUUCCUUCAGACCCCCACCCACCUGCCAUCAGACCUGGUCCUGGGGCCAGGAUGGGUGAGACGCUGAUGGCUCAGCAGAUGAUGAUGGCAGGCGCCGUGGAGCAGCUGAACCAGCAGGAUCCUCAGCAGCAGCACCUUGGCCACACGGUGGCUCUGACUCAGACCGGCGAGCCGGCACUCUCGGGAGCCGAUGGAAUCGAGGAGCACCUGGAAGGGGAGGACUCGGCUGUGAAGGACCUGGAGGAUGUAGAAGUGAAGGAUCUGGUUGACCUGAACCUGAACCUCGACCCUGAAGAUGGUAAAGAAGACCUGGACCUGGGUCCCAAUGACCUCCACCUCGAUGACUUCCUGCUGUCGGGGAAGUUUGACCUGAUCGCCUAUGCCGACCCUGAGCUCAACCUGGAGGACAAGAAGGACAUGUUCAACGAGGAGCUGGAUCUGGGUGAGCCAGCGGAGGAGAAGGAGAGCGGAGAGAGGAAGGAUGGAGUUUGUGGUUCUAGAAAGACCGACAGCAGCUCCCACCUGGUCGGACAGAUCAAACAGGAAGUGAGGGACGACAGCAAGACAGGGGCAGCUCGACCUGGGGUCCUCGCCACCAGCAAACCCCCGGGAGCUCUAGGACUUGAGGUUUCCUCUGUCCAUCACAUCAAGGAGAAGCUGGAGGACUCCGGUUCUGUUUCAGGGGCUUUGUCAUCCAUCAAGCCCCAGGAGCAGGUGCCAUCCAUGGGCAUGGUAUCCAGAGUUCAGCCCCCUGUGACCACAGGACAACAGCCUGUCUUCCAGCAGCAGCAGAGGCCUUUUGGGCCCCCCUCAUCCUCGCCUCAACUCACCCCCCACCCUCAGGCUGUCUCAGUGUCUCCUCACACCAGUCUGCCUCCUCAGGCCCCCCAAGGCCCGCCUCACCCACUGCCUCUCCAGCCUCCUCACCUCCUCCUUACCACUCAGACCGAACCUCCACAUAUGGGGACCUCCACGCAGAGCCAGACCCAGGGUACCUUUGCUCAGACCCAGGUCCAGAACCAGAACAAACAAAGGCCUCUGCUUCUGGAGGAGCAGCCGCUUCUUUUGCAGGACCUCCUGGACCAAGAGCGGCAGGAGCAGCAGCAACAGAAACAGAUGCAGGCCCUGAUCAGACAGCGCUCCACCACAGACUCUGCGUUCCUUGGUGUGGACUUUGAUUCCAUUACAGACCCCAUCAUGAAGGCAAAGAUGGUGGCUUUGAAAGGCAUAAACAAAGUGAUGUCUCAGGGAAACCUGGGCCUGAAUCCCGUGGUCAUCAACAGGUUCCAGCAGCCUCCAGCAGCCCCAGGUCCCGAGGUCCCCCCUCAGCCUCCACACCUGGUAUUACAGGAGGGGACGGUGACCCCUCAGCUGGUGCAACCCAACCCCCCGAGCUUUGGCCCCGGGUUCAGCAAUGAGCCCAAGCGGCCGCAGUACGAGGACUGGCUCGGAGAGACGCAGCAGCUCCUGCAGAUGCAGCAGCGCCUCCUGGAGGAUAAGAUCGCUGCUCACCGCAAGACCAAGAAGGCUCUGUCAGCCAAACAGAGAACGGCCAAGAAGGCGGGCCGUGUCUUCGCAGAGGAGGACGCCGCCCAGCUACGCUACAUCAGCGAGCAGCAGGGAGUGGUCCAGAAGCAGCUAGAGCAGAUCCGGAAGCAGCAGAAGGACCACGCCGAGCUCAUCGAGGACUACCGGACCAAACAUCCUCAGAGGGGUCUGCAGCAGCAACCGGCACCCCCCCUCCCUCAGAAGCUGCUCUCACAGCCCAUCGUGCCCCUGCAACCCCACCCGGGCGGCCCCGCACCGGCCCGUCUCCCAAAUGUGCCUCCCGGUUGGACUCCAGGGGGUGGGGCUCCAGGGGUGAUGGGGCAGAGGAUGCCGCCUCAUCAACCCCCUCAACUCCCCGCCGCCCUACCCAACAGCCCGCAAGUACCCCCACACACCCAGGCGCCCUCUGCCAUAGUGCCGGGCCUCGCAGCUCAGACGGCAGGCUUUACUACCGCCUCCCGAGGCCCCACCGGAGGUCCCAAUGGAGCCACAGUGGAUGGAGCUGGCCCUGCCCCUCAGGUCAAGUUUGACGACAACAACCCGUUCAGCGAGGGUUUCCAGGAGAGGGAGAGGAGGGAGAGGCUGAGGGAGCAGCAGGAGAGGCAGCGGGUUCAGCUCAUGCAGGAGGUGGAGCGUCACCGCGUCCUGCAGCAGAGACUGGAGCUGGAGCAGCAGAGCCUCUUGGGGGCCUCCGUGCCUCCUGCCGCAACUCCGUCGGGUCCUCAGGUGGGACCGACAGCGGGUCCUGCCCCUGGAGGGGACGGUUUGUCUCAGAUGCCCUUUUUCAGCUCCGAGCUGCCCCAGGACUUCCUCCAGACCUCCAGACCUCGACCUCAGCACCACAGCCAGAUGGCAGUGACCUUUCCCCUGCAGGCGGGCCUCCGCCAAGGCUUCACGGCGAGGCCUCUACUCCCUGGAGCGCCCCCUGUUCCAACAGGUGAACCCCCCAUGAACGUGGCUCCUUCCAGCCUCCAGACCAGGCCGAGGCUGCCUGGCCUGACAGGACCCUCAGCCCCAGGGCAGGCACACCCAGCUGGGAUAGGAGCAGCAGGAAUGCCCUCCUCCCAUUCGGCAGGGCAGGGACAUCUAUUCGGACACGACUCCUCCUCUUCCUCUCCCUCCACUCCUCUGGCCACUUCCUUCCCCUGCUCCUCCUCUGGUGGCCCCGCCUCCCUCAUCCAGCUGUAUUCUGACAUCAUCCCGGACAAUAAACCGAAUAAGAAGAGGAGUAGGAAGAAGGACGGGGAGGAAGCCACAGGAGGAGGGGGGGCCAGGACGCCACUGUCCUCGCAAUCGGAUGACCUCACUGCCCCUCCCACCCCUGCUGUCUCUGACACUGCGUGCUCCACACCCACCUUUGGCAGCAUGGACCAAUCAGAGCUGUCUUUCCCUCAGAGCUCCUCCCUCUCUGGUCUGGCCCCAUCAUCAGAGCUGGAGAGGCAGCUGUCCAUCAUCUCUGCAGCCCAGCAGAGAGCCUCCGGGCUGGGCUCAGAGUGCCAGAGAGGGCCCCUGUCUGCAGCUCUGCUGAAGGUCAAGGAGGAGCGCGAGGAGGCCGCAGCCUGUGGAGCCAGGGUGGUGAAGAUGGAGGAGGGCCGGGCAGAGCCGUUCUCCCCCACGUCUCCUCAUCAGGCAGGCGAUGCAGGUAAGGAGCUGCUCAGACACCUGCUAAGGGACAAGACCUCCCCUGCCAACACGCCAUCGCCCAUCACCCAAGCUCCGCCUAUCGCCCGGCGACAGCUUUCCAGCGAUGGCUGUCGAUCUGAAGAGGAAGAUGCACCUGGUUCCCAUGGCAACAUGGUGGUGAGGGACGGUCCUGCCUCAGAGCUGCUGGACGCCUUCGGCAGGAAGAAGACGCAACGCUGCAAGAGACCCGCCCGGCCCGACAAAGACCGAGCUCCUCCCAAGUACAAAAGGAAGAAGAAGGAGGAGGAGGAGAAGCUACUCCAAUCCUGCUCCACCUCUUCCUCCUCUGACCCGGUGGUGACACACCUCAGACAGCUGGCAGUGCUGCCUCUCAUGGAGCCGGUCCUGGGGGUGGAUCUCAGUCUGUUCCCCCCAUACGGCAGUUCCUCUCUGGGCCGAGACUCCAGGCUGAGCGGCUCCUUCGGCAACGCCUGCCUGGAUGGAGUCACCGACUACUACUCCCAGCUCAUAUACAAGCAGAACAACCUCAGUAACCCCCCCACUCCUCCGGCCUCCCUGCCACCGACGCCGCCUCCUGUUGCCAGGCAGAAACUGGUGAACGGUUUCGCCACGACAGAGGAGCUGACCAGGAAGGAGGUCGGCGAGCAGGAUGUGAAAGGUGUGUCUGCUCUGAAGCUGAAAGGGGAGGAGCUUCUCAAUUUAAACCAUCCCUCCAAGACAGUGGAUGUGCCUGCCUCCCUCCCAACCCCACCCCACAACAACCAGGAGGAGCUCAGGGUCCAGGACUCGUCAGAGCAAGAUGACCCCGACAGCUACGUUCCAUCGUCGUCCCCGGAGAGCGUGGCGGACAUAGAGGUCAGCCGGUACCCCGACCUGUCCUUCAUCAAGCUGGAGCCUCCCUCACCCUGCCCGUCGCCUACACUACCCAUGAUCCCCUGUGCUUGGGGGAAAGGCUCUGCAGUCAAACAGGAAGUGAAGACUGAGACCAACCAUCAGGGACUUCCUUCCUGCUCGAACACAGACCUGGUUACCAUAGCAAUAACCCUGAACCCCACUGCAGCCCAGAACGUUCCAGGAGUGAUGGCGGCAGUGGCGGAGCUGCUGCGGGUCCCAGUCCCUGUGAACUACCAGCUGAGCCGAGCGUCCGGUCCCGAGCAGAGCUCUCUGGCCCUGCUGGCGAGCGUGCAGGUGCCGCUGACGCAGGGUUCAUCCGCCACAAAACAGAGAGCGGCCGCCACAGGAAACACAGGUGUCAGAAUGGACUUCAGCCAGCAGGGCGGCGCUGCCACCACCAGGUCUCAGUGCUGCAGCUACUGCAAGGUGUUGCUGGGAAACGGAGUCCGCAUUGUCAGGGAGCUCAAACAGGAGGGUCAGUCCGGACCCGGCUCCAGCUUGCUCUUCUGCAGUCCCAACUGCUCCACCCUCUACACCAACGACCUCCAGAGCAGGUCUGCAGGCACCAAGUCUGCAGUCCCUGUCCUGCUCUCCGGCUCCGAGUGCCCCCCUCCCACCAGGGUGCAGCACCAGUACACCAACAACAUGUCCUCCAUUGCCGUCCACGCCCUCCCCCGUGCUCCCUCCUCGCCUCCCCCGACAUCCUCCUCCACCCCACCUCUCUUCUUCCCAUCUGCCUCUGCCAUCACCAUGGAGACCAGGCCUCGCAUGGACAGCCUCAAGGUGAAGGUAAAGUUGAAGCCCCGCCCCUGGGCAGUCCCAGGUGAGGAGGACUCACUGUCAUCGUGCCAUGGAAAGAGGAUGAAGAGUUCCCGCUGGCGACGCUGGAGUGUUAACAUCACACUGAGCAGGGGUACUUGCAUCUCUAAUGAGGCGGUUGCCUUGCCAACACAGGAUGAAGUGGAUGAGCUGUUGAAGAACCUGGGGGCGUGUCUUCGUCCAGACCCAUUACCCAGAGACCAGCGCAGGUGCUGCUUCUGUCACCAGCAGGGCGAUGGCCAGACAGACGGACCGGCCAGGCUCCUGAACCUGGACUUGGAUCUGUGGGUGCACCUUAACUGCGCCCUGUGGUCCAGCGAGGUGUACGAGACUCAGGCGGGUGCACUCAUCAACGUGGAGCUGGCUUUGAGGCGAGGACUGACGCUGCGCUGCGCUCACUGCCAGCAGACCGGCGCCACGAGCGGCUGCAACCGCCUCCGCUGCACCAACACCUACCACUUCACCUGCGCCUCGCAGGCCCAGUGCACCUUCUUCAAGGAUAAGACCAUGCUCUGCCACCUCCAUAAACCCAGGAUGGUUCCUCUCAGCGGGGACAGGUCCUGCGGCAGCUCACCCUCCUCCACUCCCGGCUCUGCCCCUGACCCGGCGGCUGUGAUGGCCUCUGACCCGUACGACUCAGAGCUGCGAUGCUUCGCGGUGUUCCGCCGAGUGUUCGUGCAGCGGGACGAGGCGCGCCAGAUCGCAGCCGUGGUGCAGCGUGGUGAGCGGCAGCACACCUUCAGGGUCGGCAGCCUGCUUUUCCGUGCCAUCGGCAGGCUCCUCCCACAGCAGAUGAGAACCUUCCACAACGAGACGGCCAUCUUCCCCGUCGGUUACCAUGCUAACCGUAUCUACUGGAGCAUGCGCCACAGCAACAGACGCUGUAAGUACAUGUGUUACAUCGAGGAGGAGGAGGGGCAGCCGCUGUUCAAGGUUAAGGUGGUGGAGAAAGGACACGAUGACCUCAUUCUGACCGGACCCACGCCCAAAGGUAACCAUCACCUCUGUUGUCGGUGUGAUCAGAUCCUGCAUCCCGUCUCCCAGAUGAGGAUCUCCAGCGGGACUCUGAAGCUGUUCCCAGUUUACCUGAAAGGAGAAGAUCUGUUUGGUCUGACCACGUCUGCGGUGACCCGAAUCAUAGAGUCUUUACCUGGCGUGGAGGCCUGUGAGCGUUACACCUUUCGUUACGGCAGGAACCCCCUCAUGGAGUGGCCUCUGGCCUUCAACCCGUCAGGCUCCGCCCGUUCCGAACCCAAAGCCUGUCAGGCCAAAAGACCCUACCUGCUGGCCAGCAUCGCCCCCAGGUGUCAGGGCUCGGUGGGCUCCAUCGUGGGCCUCGUCCCCGGCGUCAUCUCUCUGUCUCCGGGCGAGUCCGUGGCCGGCGCUCACCAGGGACGCCACUCCAAGUCCUCGCAGUACCGCCGCAUGAAGGCUGAGUGGAAGAGCAAUGUGUACCUGGCACGCUCCCGCAUCCAGGGUCUCGGACUGUACGCUGCCAGAGACAUCGAGAAGUGCACCAUGGUCAUCGAAUACAUCGGGACCAUCAUCAGGAGUGAAGUAGCCAAUCGCAAGGAGAGGCUGUACGAAUCGCAGAAUCGCGGCGUGUACAUGUUCCGGAUCGACAACGACUACGUGAUCGACGCCACCAUCACCGGGGGACCCGCCAGGUACAUCAACCACUCAUGUGCUCCCAACUGUAUCACUGAGGUGGUGACUGUGGAGAAGGAGAACAAGAUCAUCAUCAGCUCCUGCAGACGCAUCCAGAGAGGAGAAGAGCUGUGCUACGACUACAAGUUCGACCUGGAGGACGAUCAGCAUAAGAUCCCGUGUCACUGCGGAGCCGUCAACUGCCGCAAAUGGAUGAACUGAACACACACACACACACACACACACACACAGGCAGCUCGCUCUCUGUCGAUCGCCUCCCCUGUGGGCGGAGCUUAACUUCAUAUCAACACAGUGAUAAUAAUGAAAGUGAUUGCUUUGAUAACACAAGUAAUGAUAAUAAUAUUGAUGAUGGGGAUAACAGGUCAGGGUGGGGGUUAUAUAUGCGCAUGGGUGGUGUCAGAAGCUUGUUUCUGAGGGCGUAGCUGUGUUGGAGAGUGGGCGGGGCUUAAAGAGGCUGGUCCUCUGUGUAUAUUGUGUGUAAAAAUGAGCACAGAUGUAAAUUUGAGAUCAGAGAAUGUGUUGUCUUUAACUUGCACUAAAACACAAAAACAAGAAAAAUAGAGACUUUAUUCCCUGGCCCCGCCCACCCCACUCCUGCCCCGCCCACCUCCAUUUGUUAAUUUCCUGUAAAAUAAGAGUUUUUUUGUAUUUAUUACUGAAUGAAGCUAUUUUCUAAACCUGCGGUGCGUUCGAGGUCCGGUGUGGCGGUGUGUAAAUACGUGUACCAUAGAUGAGAGAAUUGCACACAGAGUUUAAGAAGCCCUCCACCAUCCUCACCACCGCCAAUCAGCUGCAGCGUUUCAAGUACAGUUUGUGUUGCUGACCCGGCACCGCAUCCCGAUUGGACGGACUGUGAAGCGAGUCGGGCAGGCGUCACCGCGGCCUUCAGGCGCCGAGUCCCGCUGCCGUGUACAUAGGAGACUGCUGAUGUGUACAGAGACGACACGAAGCCUUUUUUAUUAUUACUGGACGUAACCGUGAUGAUGAAGAUGUUUGUUUUUGGGAAAUAUGGUGACUCUGAUUUAGAAUCAUUUACAGAAAAAUAAAAUAUUUUACAUGUU